UACCGCAUCCGCCGGUAUUACCAACGAAAGAAAAUAUUUUUGUUAAUUACGAUCGAGGCUAACCGCGUGCAAAAUUAUGGAAAAUGAAGAGAAUUUGUCAAAAUUUCAAACGUUCAGUUUCAAAAAAUACGAAAAUACGCUGCGUAAUGGCGAAAGUUUGACAAAGAGAGAUACUGUACUUGCCGGAUUUUUCGUGUUUAAAAGGUCGCUGUAAUCGUGUUAUUUUUAUUACCAGCUUUCUACCGGUGCUCGUAAGAAUUUUAACGUCUCAAAACUUUCAUGAUUUAUUAGAUGAGUUACGUCACAACCGUAGAGCGAAGCGAUAAUCGAAGCGCGCCAAACCUAUCGAUAACGAUUAUAGCACCGAAAACGGGAGCUUUUAAAAAGUCUAUCGAUUUCGUACUCCUUUCAACGUGAGUAUUUUCGUUUAAAGACACGUUUAAAGACAAAGCAAAGAGAAGGAAGCGGAAGAAAGUCAAGUUUCCGAAUAUCAGCGAUGAUUAACAAAUCGGUAUCGAUAUAACUGUUUGGUGGAAGGAAAAGUAGCCAGAAUGCUGAAAAUCGUCCUUUUGGAUGAGGACUUAUGAGAAACUGCAACGAUUUUUCGAUAUAUUUCGGUAUGUUUAAUUGCAUGAUCAGUGACAGACAUUUGGAUCGAGGGGAUCGCGCGGUGAAUAUUUUAAGCGCAACGAUAAUUUGAUGGCAGCUACGAGCCGUAUUAGCUGGAUUAGCCAUAUUAGCUGGAUUAGCCGUAUUAGCCGUGUUAGUCGUAUUAGCCGAAUCGAUGAGAAAAUUUCAGGCUAUUAAAUCUGUUACGUCGUGCGGUGCAUGAAAACAACGGACAAGAGCGAUGCGAUUUACUGCUUUUCAACUUAAAUUUCAGCUUUAUAUCUACGGUUACGGUCUGUCGUUAUUUUUACGACUUACGCCAUAGUUAAUUUCCCUUUUUCUUCUCCUUUUUACUACUAUUAUUAUUCUUCUUCUUCUUAUUAUUAUUGUUCUUGUUGUUGCUGUUACCAAUGUAAUUAAUUACAAUCCGAAUUAAUUUUGGGAUUAAAUGGAAGUGUAUAUAGUUCGACGUUUCUUAGUUAUAUAGCUAUUUGGUUUAGACGCACAGAAGAACUACGAUUAUAUGUAUUCCGCACCUUGGAACGUUUGAAUCAUCGAGGCAAACGUAAGAAUGAAUAGACGAGCGAAAGGUUCUCUUAAUGUUCGAACCCAGACUGACCCAUUUGAUACUUCUUUAGUUUGUCCGUUACGCAACGAAGAAUGCAAAUUCGUUGUUGACUAAAGCAACGGAUGGUAUUCGUCAUAAAAGAGUGACCAAGUUUCAGAACGAACUAUUUUUUAUGCAAAUACAAAAGGAUAACGAAGGAGAAAGUUUUGCGACGCAGCAGUACCCUGAAUAGUCGUGUAACGCGCUUUGGGCGCACAUUACGAGGCAAAAAGUGCUAGGAACGAUUGAUAAGAAAGGAAUAAAAAUUUAACGGACAAGAAGGACACAGAUGUACAUAAUUAGCAAUUGGAACGAUUUGAACGUAGCAGGCUGUGACGGAAGGCAGUGCGGCUGUUUACACAAUAGUUGGUAAAGGUGGUAUCCUACCUUAUUGACGUUCGUGGACUUACCGUCGGUUUCUUCGAUCUUGGGAACACCGGUGCCACCUUCGCAGAAGAUAUCAUAAACCAACUAUUUCCAUUAAGCUGCAACCGAUUGAUUCGACGUUCUCUUCUUUCGAUUUGCUCGUUUGAAAAUGUAUGUGCACACACACACACACAUGCGCGCACACACAUAUAUCGCAUUUGUAUGUAUGAAUACUCUCGGUCUUUUGGGAAAUUUGUUGCGAGUAGCGCAGUGUUCUAAACAGAAAUCGAACAGUUCAACGAGAUUGCGCAAAGCGGUAGCGAGUAAAACACAGAUGACAGGUAUUCAGCGGCGAAACUACUCGGUUAAAAGUGGAGUUGUAGCGAUCUGGUGCAAAGUUAGUAACACGCAGCUAGAAUCACGCGUAAUUAGAUUCGCUUACAGAUAACUUUUACCGUAACCGUAUCUACAGAUUUCAAUAACCUUCUCUCUCUUCCGGAAAUCUUACUUGUCAUAAUUUUUCAGUACUUUUCGUUUAACGACUGUUUUAUGUAUUCGGUGUCCGGCGAACAAGCAGCUUUCUAUGUUUCUUUGUGUAUUUCGCGCGUCUUGAAGUUCGAGCGCGAAAACUCGAUCGUUUUGUAUGAAUCCUGAAACACGAGUAUUGUUUUUCUUUCGUGUGAUAUUCGUCGCAUCGAACCAGACUGACGGUACAGGUGGAAUCUCCUACAUUGACUAUCGAUAUAAUUGAAUCAUAUCGAAUACGAGGCGAAUGUGGGGGGGAAAGAAAAGACAGAAAAAGAGUAUGUAAGAGAUCGACGAGAUAGCGUAGCCAUGUCCCAUACGAAACUGCAAGUUAUCUCUCGUUCACGAGUUGCGGAUAUAUCGGUCAAAGCGGAAAUCACAUCUAUGCGUUUCAUGCUUCAGCACCUUCUGUGACUUUUUAUUUCGGCUCCACGUACUAACAAACGGCGCUACUUCGUUUAUCGCGUUUACCAUUCAUCAAAACGUAUAUUAUAUAACGUAAAUGAAUAAAAUAAAAAUUGACAAAUGUUUCAUUAUUAUUUCAAAAGAAGAAACGAGCAAAAUGUAGCGUGGAAAGAGACAAAUAAGGUUACUUUGCUAAGUUGUAAUUAAAGAGAAGCACGAAGAAUACGUUCGAAGGAAAUGUACAUUGAUCAUCAGGCAAUUUGUUCGUUUGUAUUAAUAUUAAUAUCGUUGUUGGUGUGUCUGUUUGAUCGCGUCUUUACCUUGACAAAUAUAAAUGAAAAUAUUUUUAACCGUAUUUCCUACGUCAAUGUCGAUCGCAUGAUUUAUACGACUCGGUUAGCCAAAACAACGUAAAUUAGCAAAAAUAAAUAUCCUCUGGCUACGUAGGCAGCGAUUCGACUCGACUCGCGAGACGAACUUCGCUUUGUUCUCGCAAGGGUGUUCGGAGAAGAACAGCCUCGCUCGUAACAUGUAUUUGUAACAUAACGUUGUUCAAGCGGAACAGCCAGUGUACAGGCGUGUUUGCGUUUCGUUAUGAAAAGCAUCGUGAGAAAGCGACGGCGCUGUUCGUGCAGCAGCAAAGGUUGUAAAAUGCGUUUGCGUUGUUCCAACUGUAACCAGCACAUUCGUUGAUUAAUUACGUAUUUUCUCUUCGCGGUACUUGACUGGAGUUUGCAUAAUCUUGCGGCUGGCAGCUGGUAAUCUCGAGAGCGAAUCGGUCCUCGCUUCUAUCGAGUUUAGGGAUUUUACUCGACAGUCGCGUGUGGUUUCACGAUCGAGAUUUCGUGCCACGCCGAAACCAUAGAAGAGAGAAUUUUCCUCAGAUCCAAAGGCCAUAGUUAUCGACUGCAUCCACGGAUACGGAUACGAGAUCUCGUUCCCUGUCAUAAGUAAAUAUUUGAAAGAAAGGCCUGCUACCUACUAUCACUGACCACUCGUCGCGAGCGUUUCUCUCCACGCGUAAAAGUGAAAUGUUCCCGUGCGCGAACACGCGCCGUCUCGAGGAGAAGUCGGUUGGAUCGUUGACUUGGAAAUUCGUACAAUUAGUGGCGAUAGCGAACGCGCGCUUGCAAUUUGUUUCCUUCUCGGGUCGACGGGGCGCUUAAUUUCCCAUCGACGAAAACUUGUCGAGGUCUUAAUCCGCGAACUGAAAUAUUUGCUUAGUUUCGUGUAAACAAAGCGAAUCUUGUUCUCCAUCUCGACACGGAUGGUUUGCGUAAAUUGCGCAAACUCGGCUGGCGCGGGUUGCCGCUCGUAAAUAUUGCGCAAGUAUAGCCGACGGCUAAUCGCGAAACAAGCGCGACAAAAUUUAAACGAUAGAAAGUUAAAUGGUUUACACGUGCAUUACGAAUGUAUAUACCGAAUAAGAAUCUGUACACGUAUGUAUCCAUAUGUAUCUGUAGGUACGUCCGCGGUUUGUACACGUAGGAGAAGAAGCGCAACCAGUGCCACGCGCGAUAUUUUAUUUCUUCUUCCUUCAGACCGACCAUCCUGCACGAUAUUUCUAACGCGAUAAAAAUUAAUUAGAAGCUGUAUCAUAAUAAUAAUAAUAAUAAUAUAAUAAAAUAAUACAAGUAAGUUGAGACAAUAGGAGACUUGCAAUCGCAACGAAGGUCAUCGCAUCGCGUGGAAAAUGUGACGCGUCCAAUCGCCGUCAGUUCGCUAUCAAAAAUUUAUUCGAAGCCUAACGUCGCGUGAGUACGUCCGUUCCAUCGAUGGAAGAAUUUCGCGUGAUUUUCGCUACGAUCGAUGUUACAUUAAAAGGGCGCGGUUGCGUGGAAUUUGAAAUUAAUUAAAAUGAAUUGCGGCGAAAUAAAGGUGAAAGAAGGUGGAAUGGAGAAGAGGACAGCGCAGAGUAGGAACCGAGAGUGCGAUGUUUCUCGCGGCGAGCAAGCGGAGAAAACAACGUGCAAAACUACUAAGGACUGUACGCACCGCGAAAAGAACGACGAAUCGCGGCGAUCUGUUUUGUCGAAACAAAAGCGAUCGCACUUCUGCCAAGAUAGUCUGCGUUUCUCUAAACGCUUUCUUACGAUCGUACGCGUUCUUGCGAUCCUACGUUCUUACGUCUUUAAGCGUUCGUUCUCGAUUGCUCGAGCAACAGCGAUCCAAUCGGCGAGCCCCCCGCGCCCCGGCCAACGAUACAUCGCGAUCGAUCGACGCCGCACCGUAUCGGUUUCUCAUACAGUUGCUAGCCGAGAAUGCCGCGCAAUUUGUCGGAAGCCGACAGAAAGAAGAAUCAAUUCGACAAGGAAGAACGAGUUCAUCUAUUGGCUAUAAUGAAGCAGUACGCGCCUCUGUUGGACAAGAGCGCUUCUACCUUGGCCCGUAAAAAGAUUUGGACGACCAUCGAGGACGAGUUUAAGAAGGCCGGUUUUACUCGCAAAACGUCCGCUCAAUUGAAGAAAUAUUGGCAAAACUACAAGUAUCACUGCAAGAAGGCUAUGGCGUUUGGCAAGGUAUUCUCUUCAGGUUUUCCCUUUAUCCAUCGAAUUCGCGUUAAAACGUGCUCGCUAUCUAAAUCCCAUCGUUCGACAUUUCAACGAGAUCGAAGGUUCGCGCCAAACCUCGCACUUACGCGUUCACCUUCUUCCGUAGCUUCGCGUACCUUCUCCUCCUCCUGAAACAGCUCUAACAUAUAAUGGACACAUUGUAGGAAAAUAAGAAGUGCAUAGAAUCGGAGACGAGCGAGUGCCUCGAGUGGAAUAGAUACCAAGUUUUCGUAGAGAAUCGGUCGCCGGCUAAGUUUUCGCAAAUUCCUGACGUUGUUCGAUCGCUGGCCGAUCAUUUGCAGAGGUCGCCGACGAAAUCAGGUGGCCGGUUUCGUGACAAAUACGAAGACAACGCAGCCACCGCUCACCAUUCCAACAACCUGGAUGCUUUUAUUGGUAUUCUUCUCAUAUUUUUACCUCUUGCCUCGGUAGUUAUCCAUCUGCCCGUUUAUCGUUCGCUCGCGUAAACCGUCUAAUAUCGUGGCCCGUGCAAAGUCCUUGCAGUUGCAUAGUCUUUCGUUCGAGUUGUUUAAAACGGCGAUCGAAGCUCGUCGAGGAAACGAUGGACAAAUAAACGGUUGGCCAUUUUAAGAUCUGUCGCGAGUCAAAGUGGAGCGGAACGACGACCAAGCGUCUGACGAUUCCAAGGCGGAAGGCACGAACGCAUUGGAGAAUGUAAGCCUUAAAGAGGACAUCAAUUUGGAGGAGAGAAAGGAGAUCCUUGCGAACGAGGAUCGUCUGGUGGUAUCGACAUCGUCGUCGUUGUCGUCAUCGUCGUCGUCGUCAUCGUCGUCGUUGUUAUCGAGUAACGCGACAGAGUGCAAAACUAUGAAUCGGAUCGUUGUGUCCAACGCGCGUAUUUCCAACAACAGCGUCACCGUGUCGGUGAUUUAUCCCGAGAACGACAACUCGUACUUUCCCACAAACGCGAUCGACGGCACGGUGCAGACGUCUUUGUCUUCCAGGCGGACAGCGGACGCUGUGUGGAACGAACAGCAGGCGCAGCAAGGCGACUGGUUGAAUUCGAGAAAAACGCGCGCCACGAACGAUGGUGCACGCGCGAUGCCAUUCGGUUACCAUCACAGUUUAGCGGAAAGUAAAAACGACCGAACGCGUUCGAAGGAAACGAAUGCAAACAGCGAGGUAUACGAUUCGUUGGAAUGCAACGCGAACGACGAUUCAUCGCGCGAUAAGAAAAUGGAAAAAUCGUCGAAGGAGGACGGCGACCUGAUCGCGACGGAGAGCGACGAGAACGAGGUCGGUGGUGUCCGGGCGAGAAACUCGACAGCUCGAAGGGACCAGAGCUUCGGAAAGGGCUACGUUUUUCUCACGGAUUAUCGUAGUCGAUUGAAGCACCGGUUGCUUCUGCAACAGCUCGAAGCGGAGGAGAAACGGUUGAAGAUCAAAAUCGCGGAAAUGGCCAUUCAAGAGGUGCAGCUGAGGAUAAAAGCAUUGAGCGAGGAUAUGCGACGCACGGAGGAGUUGCAUCGGUUGCGUCUAGCGCGCACUGCAGCUGGAAAUCGGCAAACGUUCGAGUAGCCAAACCGUUGCUGAAAAGACAAGAAAAGGUGGAGAGCAAGGUGGUGUGUUCACGUGUGCUUCAAAUUAUUUUUAUUAAUCACCAUCAUUAUCGUGUGUUACGAUGUCGUGGUUAUUUAGAAAAAACGCCUGGGACCAUACAAAAUAACAAUGCGCUUAGAUUUUCGUGGUAACCGAGCAACCUAGCUAUGUAUAUCGAGGUCACGAUGUUCGUCUCGGUUGCUUCCGUCGUCCAUUCGUCGUACGACCGUCCGUAUCGUCGACGAACCAGCCGUGGAUCCUCGAUCAACCACGGAACACGGAUAACGUGUUAUCGCGUAACAACAACGUUUCUUCCGAUCCGAUCGUAACUGUCUGCCCCCUUUUCUGUCUUUCUCUACUCACCGCAGUCGCGAUUAUCGCAAACCCGCCGUCGCGUUUAUUUACAAUUUACAAGCAUAUCCGUUCGUUCCCUGCCACCUCGCAACUAACGAUUUUCCUCGUAUUUAGUGAUUGUUAAUAAUUAUCACAGAAAGUUCGUAAAACAAUGACCUUGACGUAUGUCGGCGUGUACGCGUGUCUGCUGUGUGUUUCGUGUUCUCGUGUGAAUGUCACGUGUGUCCGUGUAGUAUGUACCCAUCGAGAAUCGUUUCUUUUUCGCUUUCUUCCUUUCCGCCGCGUACUUUCUUCUCUUUCUCCGUUUUCUUUCUUCCUAUUUCUGUCUUCCUUUCUUUCUUUCUUUCGUUCGCGUUUGCUCGCCGAACGGGAGAGUACCGUACGCGUUCUAGACGGAGAAGUUUGUCACGUUGCUGAGUAAGUAGAGUAGAGUAACAGUAGAUUAGCGUUUAGUAUAUAACUAGCGAUAAUAGCGAUACGAGUAUAGUGGCACGCAUUAGAAUAGCCCUUUUAACUUU